AUGAAGCACAUGACUUAUAUACGUAGGAUCCUACGUCCGAUAUACGGCUCAGACCAUGAAAAGUAUAGCGUAGAGGUAAUAGACUACCUGCCCUUGGUCAAGGGCAGGAGGAACGCCCUCUUUGGGACCAACUCUCAGGAUAACGAAAGCUUUACCAUGGUCGCAGCCAUUCUGCGCAGUAAAGGAGGUAAGCCAAAGUCAAGCGAUAACGUCGUCUUUCUAUUCUGGCUAGAAAACUAUGAAACGGUGGUCAAGGACUUUCUAACCUCAAAGAACAAGAGCUGGGAAAGCCUGGGAUUCGUCUACUCGCAGAACGCAGACGGGACCUCAAAGACGCUGAUAAAACACGAGUUGUGGUCGCUCUAUCACGAUAGUACCGUGAUAAGUGCCAGUUGGAGGAAGAACAAGGACGCAACAACGUCCUUUAACAAGUUGUUGCUCAUCACUCUGACAAAGUCGUACAUUGCACACAUUUGGAAAUCGAAUGCCAUACAGGAGUCCUUUGACAUUUGCAUCCAUGUGCCGCUUCAUACGAGUCUCUACAACCUCAAUUUCCAGUGUUCUUGGAUAAACAUGGCGUGCUCAACUUUUGACUACAACUUUAGCGACCGCGAAUUCAUCAUUUUUUACAACACAACAACCUCUAAAAGUUACAGCAUAACCAUUGAAGACUCUGUUCCGGUACUAAAUUGCACAUAUGACGACGACUCUGAUUUUUACAUCUUCAGCGGUGCUUCACCAAGCGACCAUCCACAGCUUUAUGAAAUUUAUGGCAUUGACGGUCUCUUGAACUUUCAAACGCAUGUAACUAGUGAGUACAUUCUUGGAAAUAAUGAAAUUAGCAUUCCUGUUAAUAUAAAAAGCAUAGAAUCCAUUUCGAUUUGCAAACAUACAUUUGAAACUGGACUCGUUACGCUCUACACAUCUGACAGUUUAAGGCCAAACAAGAUUUCCGAAUCUUGUCCGCUAAAGGUUAGCAAGUGGAUUACCCUGAAAUCCACAAAUUCUAUUGGUGCAGAUUAUGACGAACUAUUGGGUACACAAAUUGCAAGGGGACUAAAUAAAAUUUUACCUCCAAUCACCAUUUCAGCUGUGGCUGAAGGUGGAUUGGAUAUGGACUUUCUUCUAUCGCCAUAUGAUUUGUUUUUAAAGGACGAAAAUGGAAGCGCCGAUAAUAUAAUCGGUCUUGUGACAAGGUAUAUGUUGCAUAUGCAAAUCCCGCUCUACACAGAUAUUGACGAUGAGCAGAUUCUAACUGAACAUUUCUUUUUGGACAAACUAUUGGCCAGUAAACAUGUAAAGAAUGUAAAGGUCAUUAAUAAUAGAGAUGAAACAUUAUAUAUUGCGCUAUACACCAAUGGAAGUUUCAAUGCAAUUACCAUCUCCAAAUGCAGUACAGAUAUUAGGGUUCAGGAUAUUGAAGUUGAUAUGUACCCUAUCCAGGCGUUUGAUGUCUAUGAUUCCGUCUAUUUUGUUCUAUUUUCUGAAAGUAAAUGCGGACUAUAUACAUGGGAUAACUUUAGGCUUAAACAAGUUGUCUCGUGGGUAUUGAUUCCCCGUGGAGAGCCAAUUUAUCACUUUUCUAGGUGGUGUGAUGGCAAAAGUUUUUGCCUUGUCUCAGGUUGGGCAAUGGACCCUGAAGAUGAAGCUGGCAUAUUCCUGUACAUUAUUGAGGGAAAAUGCACAAAGUGGAUACAAGUUGGCCAGAACCUUUAUGAUGCACUUUUGGGGAAGAAAUUUUCAAUACCAAAUGCACUGGAUGAUCCUAGCUCCAUAGAAUCAUGCCAUUUGUCUGGAUUUAGUCUUUAUUGGAAGCGAGAUCAAGUAGAAUUUCAGGUACCACUUUUCCCUUCCCUCUCUUCAAAGUAUAGGGAACCCCAAAGUGUUUAUCAUCCAGAAUUCAUAGAAACGCUACUAGAGUUGGGACUAGGUGGAGUUGUCUGUAGAAUUUUGGACAGGUUGACAAGUUUGUAUCGCACCUUGAUUACAGAAUUAAAAUCGCAGACAUUUUGUAGCAAGAAUAGUAAUUUGCACUGUGACUGCAUCGUAUUCAAGGCUACACACUUGAAGUCAUUUACUAGGAUUACUGAUGAAGUUGUAGCUGAUGUUGGAAAUACGAUAAAGAGUUUGUAUCCACAAAGUGGUGAUCUUGGAUUAUCUAUCAAACCCAUGUGUCCAGUAUCCACAGGGGUGGGGGCACAAGUGACUAUUUCUGAACUAUUAGUUUAUCUAAGGGCUAUAAGGUUGCCUGGGUUAACAUGGGAAGAACAGUUUAAGUUGAUUGACGUAAUAAUGCCACUGCAGGAAUCUUUGGAAUGCCCCAAGAGAAACAUUGAUUCUGCCUUGAAUUUUAUGGAUUACAAAAUUGAGGAUUUUGAUCAUAUGGAAACGUCCAUAUCCCUAGUGGAACGGGAUACGGAAAGAUGCAGGCUGUCUGCAAAUGCAUCAAAACUUGAGGAGAGUGCGGCCGCUGUUUCAGACAUGGUCGCCACCGGGACGGAUUCUGCAAUUUUGAAUCUGGACAAUAUAUCCAAAUUUACAGAUGACGAAUUUUGUUCUUGUAAAUUUGUGCAGCAUGUAAAAAGUGGAAGAGAGUCUCAAGAUAUGAUCUUAUGGGCUUUAUUAUGCCAUGAUGAUUCUGAACUUUUACGCAAGGUGAUGUUGCAUAUAGAGGGACCAAUACCGCUCAAGAAACUUGGAGUUGGGUUUUGGGCUACGAGCCAGAGCUGCAUUGAUGCUCUAUGUAAGGAGAUUGAGAGUGGUUUUAAAGGCAUAAUUGCUAGUAGAGACGCAGGGCUUGUAGUGGAAUCGUUUGAUGAAUUUGGGUUCUGGUCAAUUGUUAGAAACAAGACAAUGGUCUACAGUCACGUUUUGAAGGCCAAGGGAUUUACCAAACUUGGAGAUUUCCUGGCUAGCGAUUUUACCCUGGAUCAAAACAAGGAACGUGCUAUAAAGAACGCAUUUGCUCUUAUCGGGAAAAGGAGAUAUUUGCUUGCUUGCGGCAUCCUUGUACUUGCAGACAAACUCUCUGAUGCGAUCGAUGUGUGUUUCCAGUAUUUGGAUGAUCCACAACUUGCAUUACUAAUUUCUAGAGUCCGGGGCGGAGAUGUGUCUUAUGUCAUUUCUAAAAUGGAAGAAUCAAUGAUUAAAAAUGUACUCUUGUUCAAGAUGAACAAUACUCUCUUUUCACCGCUAGAUGAUGUGAAGGAUAUAAAGAGUCUCAUUGCUCUCUUAUAUACGGCGUUGCGUCUAAAGUUGACUGAUGCUGAAAAGGUAUCAACAUGUCUACGCUCAUGCUCAAUGGAGUACUUUCAAAAGGGACUUUCACUUAUUUCGCUUAUUCUUCAUAGUAUAAAUCCCGGAAUUACGGAGGAAUGGGAUGCAUUAUUUACAUCGGCGUGCAUGUCACAUGUAAGCAGGGAUAGCUUAGACUGUAACAUAUUGUUGGAACUUGUGUCUGGUGAUGGUACUGAGGAGUCUGUACCUGCAUCAAGCGUAUCGCUGCCAGGAGGAUGUACUUCGCUCAAUAUUGACCAACAGUGGUCUACAAUGUCCAUCCUUGACAAUUUUUCAUAUUUGGAACCAUCGGAAAUGGAUCAUCAUUUGGAUAUCGAUGGGCUUGAACUUCUUUUAGAUAUCAAGAAGCGACUGGGGAUGGACAUGUGUCUAAAAAUGGACAUUGGAAAUAUGCGUGCAAUACAAUAUUCCAAAGAAUCAAUUGACGCAGCUUUUACCGAGAUUAUGAGACAGUGCAUUGGGUUUUUCGACUUUGGCGUGAUUCCAUAUGAGCUUUUAUCGCUGGUAAUGCAAACUGUUAAUCAGGGCGUUGUGGAUACACCAAUAUGCCUUGUUUUAUCAAUAUCCUCUCUCCUGGUGGUUGUUAUUCAUCAUAUAGAUUUACUGGAGCAGGUUUACACUGGGCUACAUGAACAACUCGUUAUGCUAAACGAAAUGGUUAAAGUUGGCCAAGGUAUUGCAACUGACCAUGUAACAAAUUUCUUGAAAAGUCUAGUCAAGACAAUUGAGCCUACACUCUUUGCAAACGAGUUGGUUGGCUUGUCCACAAGUUUUAACAUUUUAGUUGUUUUGGAAGAUAAUAGCAGCAACUUUGACAUUCACAAGUAUUUUGGUACGUGUAUCACAUUCGCUCUCUUGGAAACUAUCUUGGGGCUCUUUAGAAACUGGAUGUACAAGGUUGUUAAUGAUACGGAUUGGAGAGGACCGUGGAUGGAUCGUCUUUGUGUCUCAAUUUCUCGCUACAUUUUUAAUUCUCAGUCUGAACUUCUAAAGUUGGCUCUGAAUGCUUCAUCCUCCAUUUAUCCAAUGAUAAACUUAAAGUCUGACAUAGCAAAGCCAAUAGAUUGCCAAAUUGACGACCAAGAAUACCACGUGUACGACUCGUUUAUUAGCCGCUAUAUUGCAUCAGUAUAUGGAACUGAAUUUGAAAAGUUGUGGAGGUUUUUACACUGCGGAUUUAGAAUAUUUAGCAUAUUCAGCAAAUGCCUUUCCCAGGAAUCUGAAAUACAGUACAAUGACAUUAGCGACGAAUUGUAUAUGGAAAUGAAAAAUCCAUUCCAGGACACGCGUUGUGUGCCACUCAUGAUACCUCUAAAGUAUAUAUUCUCCAAACCAAUGAUUUGGAGCAACGAGCUCAUUUCAGCGGAAAUCUUCCAGGCUAGGGAAAAGGAACAUGCAUUCUCAGCGCACUGUGCCAUUUUGGAUGUGCUACGCAGAACUAAAUUUAUAGCUCUUCACAACUCCAAGGGAAAAUGCCUUUCAACGUUUUACACAAUGCCAAAUUCGACCAUUUACGAUAAUAUUAAUUCGUUUUCGGCUCAAGUUAUGCUAGAACCUCUGAAUCCUGAUCUUUACCUUAUGAUUUUGCUAAAUUCGCAUGGACGGCAACUAGCGUCGGUCUCUGGAGAAUUUUUAAAUGCAGUAAUUAGGGAAACGUAUGAAUCUAUACACUCGUUUGAUAGAAAGACGAGUAGCAUUUAUGCUCGUCUUGUUAGGUAUCUUUCUGCUUAUUGCAAUGUGCAUGUUGAGCAGAUGUUUAGUAUCAAGAAGUCGGGGGUUAUUUCAAAGGUUUCUGAGCGUUUAUCUUCUAUAUUUCAGUCUCAUCGCACACAAAGCAUAAAGACCGGUGGAGGGCCCUCUGGAGGUAUUUCGGGACACCCAACGUGGCCAAUUUAUGCAAUUGUGUAUGGAGAGAGCAUAGAGGGGCAAACUCCUGCGUACUCUGUUACUCUCCAGCACUCUGCUAUUUUAGCCAGAACUUUUGCAAAAGAAAUGAGGUAUCCCUCGCAAUAUGGAUUUGGAAAUUCAUCGUGCGAUUGGAGCGUGUUUGGAGAAAUCCAUUCCAUUUUAUGGUCUGGUGAUUCGCUUGCUGUUUUUGACCGAAAUGGAUGGCUCCUGAUUUAUUAUAUGAAAAACUUGUACUAUUUGGGAACAGAUGGAGGUGUUACAAUGCCCCCAAUUGCCUUUAGAACACAUUAUAACGCUAGUUUUAUUACAUGGCUGGGGGACUACUUUAUAGCCACAAUUGGAGAUGGAAUCAAUGCAAAUGCAAUGCACUCUGAAAUUACAAUAUUGGAUACUAAAAUUGAGGAAAAGGCAGUCAGGCAUACCCUCUGUCCAGAGGAAGAUUUUAAAAACUUUAGCCCCGCAGAUGAUUCAAUCAUUCUCCUCAAAUCUGCAGGAAAGGUGGAUGGUGAUCAAACAUUUAAACUUAUAAGUGAACAUUCUGUGCAGUGCAUCUGCAUUUGGGAUCUUGUAGACUAUAACAAGCACAAUGUGCCUAAAAUCAAAGUUUUAAUUGUGGAUACCUCUCAAAUACCACAAAACAUUUUUAGAAAAAAGCAGAAUGCAUCUAAAUUUACUUGCCUGCUACCAAUCAAGGUACAGGUCCACGAAUAUGAAGGAGUCUGUCUGGAACAUGAUAUUUUGAUUUUUGACAGUUGCGGCAUCAUGCGCCUCUUUAGCGUUGCAGCGUCUGCAAUAACACUUACAUGUACAAUCCAUGCAACCGCAAUCGUAGGAGCGUUCCAGCUCGUAAAUGGAAAUAUUGUCACCGUUGCAGAGGAUGGAAAGAUAUGCGUAUGGACUCUCCAGGGAGCAUAUAAAAGCCCCUCCAAAAUCUUUGAAACGUGCGCAAGACCAAAAGUUACCGCGCAGGAACUUGGCAACAGCACAAGCAUCGUAAGCAGCAUUGGAGAGUAUCUAGGACUCAAGUUUACAAGCCAAACACCCAAGGCUGAAAAGUCCACUCCUGAACCAUACACACGAGUUUCAGAAGCACAAAUUUUCAAUCAACAAUUUAUUGUAACAACAACACCAGACUCCAUGGUAGCAAUCACACAACUGCCAAAUCAUACAGUCUUUUAA